AUGGCCGCUGUGCGCCUCACCGCGUCUCCCGGCGCCCGCGCCGCCGCCGCCGCCGCGACGUCCCCGCUGGCCUCUCGGCUGUGGCCCAACGCAACCGCCAACGCCGCCACCGUCCUGACCACGAUCCCCGCAGCGACAGUCGCCGCAGCGGCGGCGGUAGCUGCAGCGACCGCUACCACGACCACAGCAGUCUCGGCAUUACCGUCGUCGUCGUCGUCGUCGUCGUCGUCGCCGCCCCAGUGGGUCCUUACGCGCGACAGACCGAAGCGCCACGAGCCGCCGAACCGCUACUUCAACCCCUUCAACGCGACCCUUUCCAGCAGCACGGGUGAGAGCCCCGGAAAGAAGCCUGGCGACGAGAACAAAGCCAACCUAGGCAAGACUCUGCGCAUCCUCCAAGACCACCUUCCGACGGUCCUGCAGUCGCCGCUCCCGCAGGAGAUCCUCGCCCCCAACAUCUCGCUGCACCUCUUCCCGACGACGCAUCCGCACCUGCCGACGGUCUCGGGCCGCGUCGCCUACACGGCCGCCCUCUGGACGUCCCCGAUCGCCUGGAACCGGCUGCCGCUCGUCGGCAACGUGCGCCUGUCCAUCAUCUCGGAGCGUGUGACGAAGCAGCCCCUGCACUUCGCGCCGCUGCACCCCGGCGCCGUCCCCGAGCAGCUGGUCGUGCGGUGGUGCGCGUCCGGCAAGAAGAACGGGGGAGCGGGGCACGCGUCUGGGUCUGGGUCUGCGCUGUCACCGCCGACGGAGGGCGGCCUCCGGACGGCCGAGGGCGGAGAUAAUGCGUUUACCGGGCUGUUCGUGUUCCAGUUCGACGCGGAGGGCCGGAUCCUGAGCCACACCAUCGAGACCGUGCAGGAGGGGGGCGACUGGGAGAAGGGCGUCGGCGCCAAGGUCGUCGGGCUGACGGACUGGCUGUUGGGCGGGAUGCGGAGGCAAGGAGAGAGCCCGAGCCCGGCGUUCAACAGUCUGGGGAAGAGGUGA